AUGUGGGAAGUGUUAAGUGCUAUUCAGAUAGACCUUGCCAAGAUCAACACCAAUGCCCAGAAUCGCGUCUUUGAUCCUGGCACAAAGGCAAAUUACAUGUACUUCCAGUCUGGAAACGGAGAAAAGAAGUUAGCACCUGAACGCUAUCUAAUCAAGACGGUACGCUGCGAGAAAGAUACGAUAUCCGCGGCAGCACGAGCAUUUUUUGAUAAGGGAGCUGAUUUUUGUGGAGUUUCAGAGGAAUUCGUGGAGCAGCAGGGCUGGAUGAAGGGGGUUGUCGAUCAUGGCGCAAUGCAAGUAACUUAUGAUAACGGGAAGACCGUCACGUUUAAGUUCGCGUUUUACCUGUGUCAUAUCCCAAAUCAGUGUGACGUCAUGCUUGGAGUGCCAUGGAAGCGACUUGCAAGACCCAUUAUCGACUGGGAAACUGAUCGAAUACUCUCUAAAGAAGCAUUCAUACAAGAGCGAUACUACUAUAGCAUACGCUUUGGAUUCACAAAACAUAUUACGCUGAAACAGGCGGACAAAAUCAUCCGAAAACAAGAUGUCGAAUAUUAA